UUAUAAGUUAUAAGGCAAAUUUAUUCAUUUAACUCUCGAGCUAUCUCCGCAUAAAACCCUAACACGCACUCCAAAUACACGCCAAAACACAAACCUAUAAAUACUCUGGGAAAUUUUUUUUUGUUAUAUAAAUGGAAACUAUUUUUUUUUUUUUUAAAUUGAGCGGUGGAGGUGACGGCGAAAAUGGAACAAAAGUAUAAGCAAGAACAGGAGUUUCCUCUGGCUUCAGUGGCGGAGCUCUCUUCGUCUCUGUCUUCUCCAGUGCCAGAAUCAUCGCCGGUUUUUGCGCGCUUCGGCGUCGGCACCUCUGGAACCGCGGAACUUCAAUUCCACCGAGAAUCGGAGUCCAUUGAUGGUUUUCGUGUCGAUCUUAGGGCCGCUCAGUUAUUCAAGUUAGGACCUGUUCAAUCAGUUUGCAUAUCUGAAGGUUCAAAUGACAAAAAAGAGAAAUCAUAUUCAAGGGGAAUCACUAUCCAAUUUAGAGACGAGGAAGAGAGCAGCGCCUUCCAUUGUGCAUUUGACCAAUGGAAUAAGGAAGUUGUUCAAGGAACAGAUUUAGCAAAUGGAGUUGUUUCAGAUUCUAAGAAGAGCAAGUUUGAUGAUAAAGUAGAGCCAUAUUCUGCUAAGAUGUACUUCCAUUAUUAUGGACAACUACUACACCAGCAGAAUAUGUUACAGGAUUAUGUGAGGACAGGAACCUAUUAUGCUGCAGUUAUUGAAAAUCGUGCAGAUUUUACUGGUCGUGUAGUUGUUGAUGUUGGUGCUGGUAGCGGUAUCUUGUCAUUAUUUGCUGCGCAGGCUGGUGCAAAACAUGUUUAUGCUGUUGAAGCAUCUGAAAUGGCUGAAUAUGCUCGCAAACUUAUUGCUGAGAACCCAUCAUUGGGACAGAGAAUAACUGUAAUCAAGGGUAAAGUUGAGGAAGUUGAACUGCCUGAGAAAGCAGAUAUUCUGAUCUCGGAACCAAUGGGCACCUUAUUAGUCAAUGAAAGAAUGUUGGAAUCCUAUGUGAUUGCAAGAGAUCGUUUUCUUGUCCCAAAUGGGAAAAUGUUUCCUACUGUUGGAAGGAUUCAUAUGGCUCCCUUCAGUGAUGAAUAUUUAUUCGUUGAAAUUGCAAAUAAGGCUCUCUUUUGGCAGCAACAAAACUAUUUUGGGGUUGAUCUGACACCAUUAUAUGGAUGUGCAUUCCAGGGUUACUUUUCUCAGCCCGUGGUGGAUGCUUUUGAUCCGAGGUUACUGGUGGCUCCUGCCAUAUCUCACACGAUAGAUUUUACUAAAACAAAGGAAGAGGACUUAUAUGAAAUUGAUAUUCCAUUGAGAUUCAUAGCCUCCGUAGGCACCAGAGUGCAUGGUUUGGCUUGUUGGUUUGAUGUACUAUUUGAUGGGAGUACGGUGCAAAGGUGGCUUACUACUGCUCCGGGUGCUCCUACUACCCACUGGUACCAAUUACGUUGUGUUCUCUCUCAGCCACUGUAUGUCAUGGCGGGACAAGAAAUUACCGGCCAACUCCGCAUGAUUGCGCACAGUUCUCAGAGUUAUACCAUAUAUCUAACAUUGUCAGCUAAAAUGUGGGGUCCUGGUGCCGAACAAGGAGGAAUACUACAAACAUCGUCAUGCAAACUUGACCUCAAGGAACCCUAUUACCGAAUGUCUCAACCGCAAGCCUAUGCCGUGGCACAAGAUCAACAACCACAUCCAUUAAUGCACGCACAGGAUAUACAAAUUCAAGGCGAGGAUUUAGAGGAGCCGGAGUUGCUGCAACAACAAAUUCAAAAUACAGGCGGUCAGCUCCAGUAAGUAAAAUUCAUUCAUAUAUGUUGGAAUUCUAGAUUUGUGUGAGGAAUUUUUUUAACAAGAUCACAUGUUUGUAACAUAAAAACUGUUUUACCCUUGCGAGUUCGAGGGUUCCGCAGUUCUUGUCCUGCUCAAUUUACACCCUCUUCAUCAUUUGUUC